AUGGAAGCCACCGACAACUCAUCAGAAUCCACCGUUACAAAUGGUUCUGAAAGAGUACCUGGUAUGGUUAAUUGGGGCACAGCAACUGUUGUUGCAAUGUUUGCAGGCAUGUUAUAUGGUGGCAGCAGAGAGGCAUCUUCUUCUGUUAGCAAGGAUGCAGAAGUCAUGUUGAAACUUGGGAGCAUAGAAGACAAGCGAGCCCAAUAUCGAUUGAUGCGAGAUGCAAUGGAGAAACGUAUCAUUCGAGUUACAGAACGCGCACUAGUUGGAGGGGUGCGGCUCGGAAUGUUCACUGCUGCAUUUUAUUUUCCUCUUGGUUGGAUCCAUUUGAAGAUGGUAGAAAUAGCGAAUGAAGGGAAUUCGGAGGCACAUUCAGAUCAGAGAGAAGUAAAGAGUGGUGUUAGUGCUGCAAUUGAGAGGCUUGAAGGAAAUUUAAGAAAAUGA